AUGAGACAGCCGAGCGUCGUUGCCCCGUCGUCCCGUCCCCAAACCAAACCAAUCCCGAUUACCCAAACGCAACGAACCCACCGCGGCGGCCAGGCGCCUCCGUCCUCAAUUCCCAGCACAACCGAGAGAAACACGGAAGCGGACGCCGGGGCACGCUCGCCGGGGAGGCCACCAUGGACAUGGACAGCGUGGAGUGCCUCUCCCUCCCGGACGCCUCCAUGGACGUAGACGACGUCGACAGCCACCAGCACCAGCACCACCACCACAGCAUCCCGAUCCAUCCCGUGCACCUCGCCGCUAACGGGGGCGUCGGAGGACGCGCGUUCGCGAAGAUGAACGCCGGGGGCGCGGCCGGGGCCGGGGGAGUGGGUGCUACCGCGGGCGCCACCGGCGGGCCACCGGCGACCAGCGUACACGAAUUGCUCGAGUGUCCUGUCUGCACCAACUCCAUGUUCCCGCCCAUCCACCAGUGCCAAAAUGGACAUACUUUAUGUUCGACAUGCAAGGCUAGGGUGCACAACCGUUGCCCUACGUGCAGACAAGAGCUUGGCGACAUCAGGUGCUUGGCAUUGGAAAAAGUAGCAGAAUCACUAGAGCUUCCCUGUAAGUACUGCUCUUUAGGUUGUCCAGAAAUCUUCCCAUACUACAGCAAGAUAAAACAUGAAGGGCAGUGCAGCUUCAGGCCAUAUAACUGCCCCUAUGCUGGUUCUGAAUGUGCUGUGGCUGGUGAUAUACCUUUCCUUGUUGCACAUUUGAGGGAUGAUCACAAAGUCGACAUGCACAGCGGUUGCACGUUCAACCAUAGAUAUGUCAAGUCCAAUCCACGAGAGGUUGAAAAUGCCACCUGGAUGCUAACAGUGUUCCAUUGUUUUGGACAAUACUUCUGCCUGCACUUUGAGGCCUUCCAGCUCGGCAUGGCACCAGUAUACAUGGCUUUCCUUCGUUUCAUGGGGGACGAGAACGAAGCAAGGAACUACACCUACAGCCUCGAGGUUGGUGGUAACGGUAGGAAGAUGGUAUGGGAGGGCACCCCUAGAAGCAUUCGUGACAGUCACCGGAAGGUUCGGGACAGUCAUGAUGGCCUCAUCAUCCAGAGGAACAUGGCGCUGUUCUUCUCCGGCGGUGACAGGAAGGAGCUGAAGCUGAGGGUGACUGGACGGAUCUGGAAAGAGCAGCCCAAUCCGGAGGGAACCUGUAUACCCAACCUUUGUAGCUGAGGCGAGCAACGUCCAGCGAUGAAAAUGGUUGUGCUGUCUGGCUGGCUUGUUAUUUAUCCACUGACAUGUCCUCUUUGUUUCGAUAGUCCAGUGAGAGUCCCAGUGCGGUACUACCUUGAGCUUGAGGCAAUUUUUAGAGGUGUAAAAUGUCUUGUAAAGUAAGUAGUAAUUGUGUAUAACGAAACCAUGAAACACUACAAGUUGGCCAAUAAAUGUUUUUAGAGGAAAA